UCAAUUGGGUUAAGGUCGGGUGAUGGUGGAGGCCAGGUCAUCUGAUGCAGCACUCCCAUCACUCUCCUUCUUGGUCAAAUCACCCUCACACAGCCUGGAGGUGUGUUGAGUCAUUGUCCUGUUGAAAAACAAAUGAUAGUCCCACUAAGCCCAAACCAGAUGUGGUAGCCAUGCUGGUUAAGUGUGCCUUCUAAAUAAAUCACUGACAGUGUCACACGCAAAGCACCCCCACACCAUCACACCUCCUCCUCCAUGCUUCACGGUGGGAACCACACAUGUGGAGAUCAUCCGUUCACCUAUUCUGCUUCUCACAGAGGCACGUCGGUUAGAACCAAAAAUCUCACAUUUGGACUCAUCAGACCAGAUUUCCAACGGUCUAAUAUCCAUUGCUCAUGUUUCUUGGCCCAAGCAAGUCUUGUCUUCUUAUUGGUGUCCUUUAGUAGUGGUUUCUUUGCAGCAAUUCAACCAUGAAGGCCUGAUUCACACAGUCUCCCCUGAACAGUUGAUGUUGAGAUGUGUCUGUUACUUGAACUCUGAAGCAUUUAUUUGGGCUGCAAUUUCUGAGGAAGGUAACUAAUGAACGUAUCCUCUGCUGCAGAGGUAACUGGGUCUUCUUUUCCUGUGGCGGUUCCAAUGAGAGCCAGUUUCAUCAUAGCGCUUGAUGGUUUUUCUGACUGCACUUGAAGAAACUUUCAAAGUUCUUGAAAUGUUCUGUAUUGACUGACCUUCAAGUCUUAAAUUAAUGAUAGAGCUAUGUUCUGUAUACCCCCCCUACCUUGUCACAACACAACUUAUUGGCUUAAACGCAUUAAGAAGGAAAGAAAUUCCACAAAUUAACAAUGCACACCUGCUAAUUGAAAUGCAUUCCAGGUGACUACCUCAUGAAACUGGUUGAGAGAAUGCCAAGAGUGUGCAAAGCUGUUAUCAAGGCGAAGGCUGGCUACUUUGAAGAAUCUGUUUGUUUAAUAGUUUUUUGGUUACUACAUGAUUUCAUAUGUGUAAUUUCAUAGUUUUGAUGUCUUCACUAUUAUUCUACAAUGUAGACAAUAGUAAAUAUAAAGAAAAACCCUUGAAUGAGUAGGUGUGUCCAAACGUUUGACUAGUACAGUACAUUCCUAAGCUUAUUCAAAUGUAAAUGUUUUGACUUACAAAAAAACAUUUGACCACUGCUAUAUUUUUCUCUGGAAUUAAUUUCAUUAUGUGUCGGGCUUUUUGUGUGAGCGAGGUUUGAAAGUACUGAACUUUCAACAGUCCGUUACAUUACACAGCAGUGUGUCCUGGAUGAGGGUGUUAAUAACAAAACUGCAGUCCCACAGUUAAGAACAAAUGUCUAUGUUUUGUUUCUGUCUUAAUUCGAAGCAAGGUCAUUGAUGGAGAAUGGUUGCAAGUGCUGUCCUCCAUGUAUGAAUAUAAUAAUAAUCGCCCUAGAUUACAUUUGUUCGGAUUAGAUUUGGCCUCAUGGAUACUUUCUGGAUUUCAAUUGGUGGCUUCCUUUCUGACAAAUCUAUUUUGUGAAUUUAACAGUAACAAACAGGAACCUCUUUUUGUGGUGUGUAGUGAGUUAAAAGUAUGUUCCUGAAUUAAGUGUUGUACAUUAGGGGAUUUUUAGCAACAUUUUUAGCUUCCCGAAAUCUCAUGAAACUAUCACCUCCACCUUCACAUGACUGGUGCCUCCCCUUACAGAUGCUUCCCCUUGUAGUUUUCCAAAGCUCAGAGGGGAACUAACUCUGACAACAUGUUUAUGUUGAUUUUCUCCCCCAUCCACAGAUUUGCCAUAGUAAAUACUAGAGUAAGUUUAAAUGUUUUAUUUUCAUGUAACCUUUAUUUAACUAGGCAAGUCAGUUUAAGAACAAACUCUUAUUUACAAUGACGGCCUACCGGGGAAGUUAACUCCGUUUGAAACAGGACUAAGUAAUACCUUACUUUAUAUUGUUCUUAUUGCCAUUUAAUCACAGGGACAUUGCACUCCAAUGUUUCCAGACAUCCACAAUUAGUCUAAUGUCAAAAUGACAUGAUUUAUCUAAAGCGACUUACAGUCAUUUACUUUAGGUAUAAAGGUGCUAAAAAAGCUUGUCAUAUGCCAGAAAUUCAAAAUGAAUGGGAAAGAUAAGCACUGCCAGUCUAGAGAUUACAUUGCCUAUUUUUUCCUUCCUUUUGGAUUUAGGCAAAGGACACGUUUUGAUUUUGGAGUGAUGUCCCUUUAAGCACAUAUUUACAUUGUUCUUAUAACAGAAGCCUAACCCUAAUUUUGUCCACUAUCUCUGAAUCAACAUACAGUAUGUACUAAAAGUGGCCAUGGGGAUUCACCUAAAGGGAAGGGUUUAGGAAGUGAAAGAGUAUGGUUCUUGAAAUGAAUGCAGUAAAGAGGUCUAUAUAGGUCUGCUAAUACAGUAUUUGAGUGUUUAACAGCAUUUGUCAUUUGAGUCUGAUAAUUAUCUGUACAAAACGGUUCAUCUGAUAAUUCUUGAGGAAUAUAAAAAUACUUGCUUGGUAUAUGUUUUCCAGUUUCUUGAAAUACUUUGGAAACGCAACUCACUUUUAUGUGAAAACUGAAAUGGUCUAGCCAUUCCUUUUCCAUUUUAGUAGAUGCUCUUAUCCAAAGGAACAUACAGUAGUGAGUGCCAAUAUUGAUAUACUUUUUCAUACUUGUCCCCUAUGGGAAUCGAAUCCACAACCUUAGAAUUGCAUGACGCUGCUCCACCAACUGAGCCACAUCAUCACAAACCACUUUAUGUCUCAAUGUACUCAAUUACUGUAUUGUGCAUAGUUUUUCUUCAUGGUGAUGGAAAGUCUACAGGUACAACCCUAGAGGACCAGCCUAUGUACAACACAGUAAUGUACAUUUACAUUAAGUGGUUUGUAAGGAUGGUCAAUUAAUACUGCACAAAAGUGGUUGUUAUUGAAUCAAUUUUUUUUUUUACAUUUGAUGUGGAUGUUUUAUGUAUUUGCCCAUAUUAUGGCACCUUUUGAUGUACACUACAGUUCAAUAGUUUGGGGUCACUUAGAAAUGUCUUUGUUUUUGAAAGAAAAUCACAUUUUUUGUCCAUUAAAAUAACAUCAAAUUGAUCAGAAAUACAGUGUAGACAUUGUUAAUGUUGUAAAUUAUUAUUGUAGCUGGAAACGGCUGAUUUUUAAUGGAAUAUCUACAUACAGUGGUUUCUCCUUUAAAAGUUACAUCAUACAGCUGCAUUUUAACCUAACUCCUAAAACUUACCUUAACCCUUAGCCUAGCCAAUGUUAGUUACCAAGCUAACAUUGGCGUUAUAGUCACCUAGCUACCUUGCGAACGUUAGCAAAAACAAAUAGGAAUUUGUAACAUAUAAUACGUUCAGCAAAUUGUUAACAUACUUGUAUUUUUUUUAAACUGCAUUGUUGGUUAGGGGCUCGUAAGUAAGCAUUUCACUGUUGUAUUAAUUACAAUUCGUAACAUAUUGUAUGAAUUGUAAUUCGUAACAUAUCAAAGGAAUUGUAAAUCCAUAACAUAUCAUAUACAAAAUGGAUAAAGAACAGCCAAAACUUAAUAGUAACAUAUCAUACUAAUUUGAAUGUCUGGAUUUACAUUUACUAUGUUACGUCUACCCCUGAGUCCAGGUUGGCAACGGUCCUGCUGAGUUCAAAACUGAAGUUUCCCAGCUGUCUAAUAGGGUGGUUCUUGAAACAUAGCUUUAGUUUCCUCAGUGUUGUUCCACAGUUGAAAAGUUCUAACUCUGAGACUUGAACAUGUAUGUGCUGAAUUGCUUGUCCAUCCACCUGCUGCUCCUCUUCUCCUCUCUGUCUGAAGUGGUUGAUUCCUCAGAUGAAGAUUUUGCACACGAUGAUGCAUGGUGUCGGUUUAGCUCCAGAGAUUUACAUAAUAUGGAGUAUAUUUUAGAGCAUCAUUUUAACAAGAUCAUGGUGGCUCAGUACAACAGCACCACAGAGAGGUGGACAGGAUACACAGCAUGGGGAGUGAUAUCUGCAGAAAAGUGGAAUGAGGACCCAGAUGAGAUCCCCAGGAGGAGAUCAGAUAUGGAUGUGUUAUGCAAGCCAUAUGCUAAUCGGAUCUACAACACAACAGAGAUGUUUAUGGUUGAGCCCAAUGUCACACUGAGGCUAGAGGGAACAUCCAGUGACUCCAGCCUUGUGUGUAGUGUCCACUUCUUCUACCCCAAACACAUCAGAGUGACGUGGCUGAGGAAUGGGGAGGAAGUGACCUCAGAUGUGACUUCCACUGACGUACUGGCCAAUGGACUCUGGAGCUACCAGAUACAGUCCUAUUUGAAGUACACACCCACAACUGGAGAGAGGAUCACCUGUAUGGUGGAGCACAUCAGCCAGACUGAGCCCAAACUUCAUUACUGGGACCCCUCCUUGCCUAAGUCUGAGAAGAAUAAGAUAGUGAUCGGUGUCUGUGGGCUGCUGCUGGGGGUGGUCUUUGUAGUAGCUGGACUGAUCUACUGGAAGAAAUCUACUGGACGGCUGUUGGAUCUUAUUGGUGAACUUGAUUAUGGGACUUGUGAUUGAGGCCGUGUGGACGAAGGCUUGCUGAUCAAAUCCCUGUCGUUAACUGAUGGUAGCUGAUAUAGUUUGCUUUUUAGCUGCUGUUGCCUCUAGCAGCUGCCCCCCCCCCCCCUAUUCAAAAUGCCAACAUUGCACCAACCAUGGCCUGCUUGCCAACAGUUAACCAACUACACUCUGGAAAAAAAGGCUAAUUUGUGGAGGGGAAGGGGUUCUACCUAGAACCCUUCUCAUCCAAAAGAACCCUUUUUGAAAGCCCACUGGGAACAGACGUCAGUUCAAUGUCUAGUUAGUUGUCAACUAACGUGAAUUCAACGUGAAAUCAAUAAAACGUCACCAUGUCAUUGCAUUUUUUUCACAGUUCAGUGAAAAAAAUAUGAAAUGCCCUUAAGUUGAUGACUUUGCAAAUUCAAUCAGUUUUCCACAUUGAUUCACAUAUAAUUAUUGGGGUUGAAAUGAAGUAGAAACAACGUUGACCAGUAUUUGCCCAGUGGGAGGUUCUACAUGGAUCCUUUUUCAUCAGAAUUUAACAUCAGAAAUCAUUUCUGUUUAGCAAAAAUGUAGAUAUUAUAGUUUAAUUUUAAGACAUUAGCUUGCCUAGGAAUUUGUGGAGGAGUAGCCUUCACUGUCAUUUGUGCAAAUGUACUCAAGGAUCCUAUUCAUCAUCGAAUCUAAAUCCAGUUCAUGUAUCUUUAUCCACCAGCCCAACUUUACUUGUGUGUUUUAAUGUAGACUGAGUUGUCCCUUUAAUUCUCCCUUUAAUGUCCCGUUGAUUGCUCACACCCGUGGCCUCCUGCCUCAAGGGCUCAGUUUGUUCAAAUGGAGGACUCUGUUGAGUGUGUGGAAGGUACUAUGGAGAUGUCUGCAAGUUGUUCAUAAAAAAUAAGCUAUAAGCAAGA